AAAACUUCCAAAACUAUGUUGAAUAGUAGUGGUGAGAGUGGACAACUUUGUCUUGUUCUUGAUCUUAGAGGAAAUGGUUUCAGUAAAACUGACUUCUCUUUUAUCCAAAGUUCUGAAAGCAGCCAGAUUCAUUGGAGGUAGUUUUUCCUGUAGUCACAUCUGCCCGACUUUAUUGAAUUUCCUUUUCUUAGUGAAUCGUGAGGGUUGAGUUAAAUGCUAAAUAUUGGUGUUUAUAUAAGGAACAUGCAUGUUUGCUUUUGCCUUUGUUUUUAAUAAAAUUCAUUUAGUUGUAAGUUUGUUCCAUUGAAAGGUCGAUACUGGCUGUGUUUAAUGCUGCCUCAAGCAUUUCUUGACAGUUUUGGCUCUGCUAAGGGCUUCAAGGCCAGUCCUCACAUUCCCUUGGUGCCCAGCCUUUGCCAGUCCGCCCUUCACAUGCCUCCCCAAAUACACAUCAGCAGCCAGCCCUUUUCUCCCAUGCACUCAGCCCCGCGGCCUCCAUUCCCUCUUCCCUUUAUAACUGCAGCCUCUCCGGCUCUCCUGAUCCUCUUGGGCUGUGCUGACCAUAUUCUUACAACUAAUACCUUCUUGGUUGACAAGCUGUUUCCUUGAUACCCUUUGAUCCAAUAAUUCCACUUUUGGAAAAUUUCUCUAACAUAACAACCAUAGAUUACACAAAGAUAUACAUAGAAAAUAGGUACAGAACAUACAAAAAAUGUGUCUCUGCAACCUUCUUUAUAAUAAAAUUGAAAACCACUAGUGAUGGACAGUAGGGACCAAGCCAACACACAACGGAUGGUCCAUGCGCAGGCUGGCGUGCUCCAGGCCUUGGGGCGCCUGCAGUCACAAAUCGAAAAAAGAGCAAGAAUGAAAUAUGCCAACACAUUCACAGCUUUUACGUCCCUGAGAUGGUGGGUGAUUUUUGUUUUCUUCCGUAUGGUUUUCUGUAUUUUUCAAAUGUUCUACAACGAAACUGUCUUUUUUUAUAAUUAGACAAACCUGAUUAAAAAAAUCUUUUCUGACCAUGUGAAGAUUACAGAGAGGGGAACAUAAAAACUGAAACUACUAUCUACAAGGACAUAACCAAGUAGCAGCAAGGUGAUUAUUUGGGUUCCAUGAAUCAGAGGAGCCACUGGCUGGCCAGGGGUCCCUAGGACUCCUUGUGCUUUCCUUUGACAGCCCGUCUUCCUGGAACGACAUCCAGGGCUGGCCUGUUCCUUGCAGCCCGGAAGACAUGAUUUUGCAAUUGCAUUGGGCAUCUCUGUGAAGAACCCCUUCUCCGGAGACUCCCAGGGAGGGGGUGGCACUGUGAGAAUUGAAGACUGGGACAACAGUGGUCUUGUAAGGGCCACUUCCUCAGCACCUCUCUUAGGCUCGGUGUGUGUUGGCCUUUUCUCUGUGGUGAGUCGUUGCUGCCUUGAGGACAGAGACCCUGUCCUCUGAGCCUUCUUGCUCUUCUGGACUCUCCCACCUGAACCCAUUUGUUGACUGACUUCUGUCGGCAGAAGGGAGUCAAGGUCUCCCUCCCACCUUGAUAUGUUGGAUGAUCCCAGCAGAUGCUCAGUCAUUGCCAAGGGGGCUCCCCGUGAUCUUCUCACACCAGCUCUGGCCUCAGUGCUGCUUGAAGGAGGAGGACGGCCGAAGGGGAUCUAGGGCGAGGCUCCCCGGCCCUCAGGGCGUGGCACCAUGCGGGGGCAGGGCUGAGAAGUGGGGUUCACCUGGAAUGAGGGUGCCCAGGGGUAAGCAGGGCCUCAGCGGGUCCUCACGGGGACAUGUCAUGUCUCUGCCGCAGGUGAACGGGAAGGAGCUCUCCAAGCUGUCUCAGGAGCAGACCCUGGAGGCCCUGCGUGCCUCCAAGGAGCCCCUGGUGAUCCAGGUGCUGAGACGCAGUCCCCGCCUCCGGGGGGAUGGCUCCUCCCACGACCUGCAGCUGGUGGACAGUGGCACUCAGACCGACAUCACCUUCGAGCAUAUCAUGGCGCUGGGCAAGCUGCGCCCACCCACCCCGCCCAUGGUCAUCCUGGAGCCGUACGUCCCGUCUGAGCUCCCCCCCAUCAGCCAUGAGUAUUAUGACCCGGCGGAGUUCAUGGAGGGCGGCCCACAGGAGGCAGACCGUAUGGAUGAGCUGGAGUAUGAGGAGGUGGAGCUGUAUAAAACCAGCCACCGGGACAAGCUGGGCCUGAUGGUCUGUUACCGCACGGAUGACGAGGAGGACCUGGGUAUCUAUGUUGGAGAGGUGAAUCCCAACAGCAUCGCAGCCAAAGACGGCCGCAUCCGCGAGGGAGACCGCAUCAUCCAGAUAAAUGGUGUGGACGUCCAGAACCGGGAAGAGGCAGUGGCCAUCCUGAGCCAGGAGGAGAACACCAACAUCUCCCUGCUGGUGGCCCGGCCUGAGAGCCAGCUGGCGAAGCGGUGGAAGGACAGUGACCGGGACGACUUCCUGGACGAUUGUGGCUCUGAGAACGAGGGGGACCUGCGGGCGCGGAAGCUGAAAUCCCCCCCUGCCCAGCAGCUCCAGCUUGGAAACGAAGAGGAGAAAGGGGCCCCUGAUGCGGGCCCAGGCUUGAGCAACAGCCAGGAGCUGGACAGUGGGGUGGGCCGGACGGAUGAGAGCACGCGCAACGAGGAGAGCUCCGAGCACGACCUGCUGGGGGACGAGCCCCUGAGUACCGCCAACACGCCCGGGCCCCUGCGCAAGUUUGGCCUGCAAGGGGACGCCCUGCAGAGCCGCGACUUCCACUUUAGCAUGGACUCCCUGCUGGCCGAGGGCGCGGGGCUGGGUGGCGGCGACGUGCCGGGCCUCACGGAUGAGGAGUACGAGCGCUACCGCGAGCUGCUGGAGAUCAAGUGCCACCUGGAGAAUGGCAACCCCCUGGGCCUCCUCUUUCCCCGGGCUGCCGGCGGCAACGGCGCCCUGGAUGUCAACCGCAACGAGAGCGUGGGCCACGAGAUGGCUGUGCUGGAGGAGGAGCUGCGGCACCUGGAGUUCAAGUGCCGCAACAUCCUGCGGGCGCAGAAGAUGCAACAGCUGCGUGAGCGCUGCAUGAAGGCCUGGCUGCUGGAGGAGGAGAGCCUCUACGACCUGGGGGCCGGUGAGCCCAAGAAGCACGAGCUGUCUGACAUCUCCGAGCUGCCUGAGAAGUCAGACAAGGACAGCACCAGCGCCUACAACACGGGUGAGAGCUGCCGCAGCACCCCGCUGCUGGCGGAGCCCCUGCCCGAGAGCCCCCUGAGGCGGGCGACCGCCGGGGGCAACUCCAACCUGAACCGGACCCCCUCCGGACACCCUGUCGCCGCCCACCCCAAGGCUGCCCCUCCGCAGGGGAGUCCUGCCAAGUUGCGAUCCCUCUCCCGGGAUCCCGAGGUGGGCCGGAGACAGCGCUCGGAGGAGCGGGUCCGCCGCAGCCCCAAGACGGGGGUGACCCUGGAGCGCGUGGGCCCCGAAGGCAGCCCUUACCUGUCGCGGCGCCACCGCGGCCAGGGCCAGGAGGGCGAGCGCUACCACAGCUGCGUGCAGCUGGCCCCGCCGCGCGGUCUGGAAGAGCUGGGCCACGGCGCCUUGAGUUUGGCCAGUGGCCCUCGGGUGGGUGGGGCGGCGGCGGCGGCGGCCACCGAAGCGCCCCGCAUGGAGUGGAAGGUCAAGGUGCGCAGCGACGGGACCCGCUACGUGGCCAAGCGGCCGGUGCGGGACCGCCUCCUGAAAGCCCGGGCCCUGAAGAUCCGGGAGGAGCGCAGCGGCAUGACCACCGAUGACGACGCGGUGAGCGAGAUGAAGAUGGGCCGCUACUGGAGCAAGGAGGAGCGGAAGCAGCACCUGCUCCGGGCCCGGGAGCAGCGGAGGCGGCGCGAGUUCAUGCUGCAGAGCCGCCUCGAGUGCCUGAGGGAGCAGAGCGGCGACAGCAGGGCUGAGCUCAACAUCAUCGCGCUGAGCCACCGCAAAACCAUGAAGAAGCGGAGCAAGAAGAUCCUGGACAACUGGAUCACCAUCCAGGAGAUGCUGGCCCACGGCACGCGCUCGGCCGACGGGAAGCGCGUCUACAACCCUCUGCUCUCCGUCACCACCGUCUGAGCCCGGCUGUGCUCCAGGGCACGGGUCCUCCGCCCUGGCCGAGGGCCACUGAGCCUGCCGGGACCCCGUCUUCUGCUCUCCCGUAGAAUCUAGCGUGUGCCUGCGUGUGCGCGUGGGACUCUGUUACCGGACAGAAGCCCCUGAAGGAGGAGGGAUGCUUCUCUCCAUCGGUGACUUCCUUCUCCCCAAGUACAGCGACCACAUCAACAGCUGGCCUGGGGGCAGACCCUUAUCGGUCCCCCCUUCAGCCGUAGGCGUGUGUGUGUGUGAGACACGAGCCCAGACACAUGUACGCACGCAGACACACGCACUUCCCUGCAGAGCGCUCUCAGCACGGGCACUUGGGGACAGGGAAGUCAGCUGAAAAGAAGACUGUCCUAAGCACAAGAGAAUGUCCGUUACUUGUAGACAAAGGCAACCCUGAUUUUUGUGGUUCUUUUCCUUUUCUGUGCUUGCCAAUUGUUGUUUUCUUGGUUUGUUUGUUUUGUGGACCUGCUCUGAGGGCUGGCAGCUCCUUCAGGCAGCCUGACAGAGGUGGAAUCCCCGAGUGAUACCUGGGA